AUGAAGAGAGAAAACCACCUCGUUCUCAUCUUACUCUUCUUCCUGAUGCAAGUCAGAGAAGCACAGAUUACGGCAACCGAAGUUAAAAUUGGAAUCGUGUACGAUGUCGGAAUGGCAACCACCAACAUGAGUUUGCUCUGUAUCAACAUGUCUCUCUCUGAUUUCUACUCUUCUCAUCCAGAAACCCGGACAAGGCUCGUAACUACUAUUGUUGACUCCAAAACCGACGUUAUUACAGCAGCAGCAGCAGCUCUUGAUCUGAUAACGAAUGAGGAAGUGAAAGCAAUUAUAGGGCCACGGACUUCGAUGCAGGCUCAAUUCAUGAUUGAGGUGGGACAAAAAUCUCAGGUGCCGAUUGUUUCAUAUUCUGCAACGAGUCCCUUCCUUGCUUCCAUUCACAGUCCAUACUUCUUUCGGGCUACGUAUGAUGAUUCAUCUCAAGUGCAAGCCAUUAAAGAAAUCAUCAAAGUUUUUGGGUGGAGAGAGGUUGCUCCUGUUUACGUUGACAACACCUUUGGAGAAGGCAUCAUGCCUCGUCUUACCGAUGCUUUACAAGAGAUUAACGUCCAUAUACCUUAUAGGGCCGUGAUCUCUCCCAUCGCCACAGAUGAUGAAAUCUCCUUGGAACUUCUCCGGAUGAUGACUCUACCCACUAGAGUAUUUGUAGUACAUUUUUUUGGAUUGCUCGCCUUCAGAGUUUUUGCCAAAGCAAAGGAACUUGGUUUGAUGAAACAAGGAUAUGUUUGGAUCCUAACAAACGCCAUUUCCGAUGUUCUGAGCACCAUUAACGAGGCGGCAAUGGAAACAAUGCAAGGGGUAUUGGGUGUAAAGACUUAUGUCCCAAGAUCCGAUGAGCUUCAAACAUUUAGAUCUCGAUGGAAGAAGCAGUUCCCAAUCUCUGACCUGAGCGUGUAUGGAUUGUGGGCUUAUGAUGCCACCACUGCACUGGCAUUGGCCAUCGAAGAAGCUGGGACAUCAGAUUUGACUUUUGUCAAGACAGAUGCCAUGAGGAACAUGUCUGAACUUCAAGGUCUAGGUGUAUCCCAAUAUGGUCAAAACCUUAUCCAAACACUAUCUAAAGUUCGGUUCAAAGGUCUUGCUGGUGACUUCCAAUUUAUCAAAGGAGAACUGCAGCCGUCAGUGUUUGAGAUUGUUAACGUGAAUGAGAAUGGAGGAAGAACCAUAGGAUUCUGGAUGAAAGAACACGGUCUCUUGAAGAACGUGGACCACAAUCCAGCUACCAUUUUCUCUACUUGGCAAGAUCGACUAAGACCAAUUAUAUGGCCUGGAGAAACCACUUCCGUACCCAAAGGAUGGGAGAUCCCGACAAAUGGGAAAAAGCUGCAGAUUGCAGUCCCAGUUAAUAACGAUUUCGAGCAAUUUUUGAAGGCUGCAAGGGAUUCUAACACCAAUUCAACAACUUUCACCGGCUUCUGCAUCGACUACUUUGAGGCUGUAAUUCAAGCCAUGCCCUAUGAUGUUUCCUAUGACUUCAUUCCUGUAGAAGGUGUCACUUAUGAUACAUUAGUCUACCAAGUGAAUCUCGGGAAAUACGACGCUGUGGUGGCAGAUACAACAAUAACGGCAAAUCGGUCGCUGUAUGUUGACUUCUCAUUGCCAUACACACCAUCAGGGAUAGGUCUGGUCGUCCCUGUUAAAGACAGUGUUAAAAGAAGCAGUACCAUCUUUCUGAUGCCUUUGACGGUGGAACUUUGGUUAAUCACCCUUUUCUUCUUUUUCAUCAUUGGCCUUGUCGUAUGGAUUCUUGAACAUAGGGUAAACCCAGCCUUUGGUGGGCCUGGCGAGUUCCAAAUCAGCACUAUAUUCUGGUUUGCGUUCUCCAUCAUGGUGUUUGCGCCGAGAGAAAGAGUGCUCAGCUUCUGGGCGAGGCUCGUGGUUAUCAUCUGGUACUUCUUAGUGCUUAUAUUGACUCAGAGUUACACCGCAAGUUUGGCGUCCCUUCUCACAUCACAGCAGCUUCAUCCAACGAUAACCAACAUAAACAGCUUGCUGGCAAGAGGAGAGCUUGUGGGGUAUCAAAGAAGUUCUUUCAUGUCGCGAAGACUCAAUGAAUCAGGUUUCUCACAGGCCAGUCUUGUACCCUAUGGGUCUGCAGAAGAGUGUGACGAGCUACUGAGCAAAGGACACCAAAAGGGAGGUAUAUCUGCAGCUUUCAUGGAAGUACCAUAUGUGAGAGUCUUUCUCGGACAAUACUGUAACAAGUAUAAAAUGGUUCAAACACCAUUCAAGGUUGAUGGAUUAGGCUUCGUCUUUCCCAUUGGAUCCCCUCUAGUGGCUGACAUUUCAAGGGCCAUUCUAAAAGUGAAAGAGUCGAGCAAGGCGAUCCAACUUGAGAACGCAUGGUUCAAGAACAUUGAUGCAAGUUGCCCAGAUCCACUCACAAACCCCGACCCGAAUCCCACUGUGUCCUUCCGCCAACUUGGCAUUGAUAGCUUUUGGGUUUUGUUUCUUGCUGCCGCCAUCGUUUGUGCUAUAGCUUUGGGGAAAUUUGUGUUUUACUUCAUGAAGGAGGACCCGGAUCAAAGAAACCUGCGAGAAUUGUGGAAAAGGUUUCUUCAGCCAGAUCAAAAUUCAUACAUAAACGAAGUGACGAAAAGUAAAUCCACCUCAAGUCAAGUUACGCCAGAGAAUAGUAACCAUGAAGAAACAAACAAUGGCGGUCAAAGUUAG